GAACUGUGGCGCCAAUAACACCCGUGAAUAUGGAGUUGAUCAAAGAAAUUGAGGAACUUGACAUGCUUGUUCGCGCACCGUCCACUGUGCUGUUCGCUGAUGCGGAUUCAGUUCAACAACUCAGUCGAAUGUACUGGGAAGAGCAGUGGUCGAGAUACCCGGAACUACGACCGCUGCAGACCGUCAAACAACCACAACAACGGUCCGGCUCAUUUCGAUCCACUUUCGCGUCACCAGCAAUCGCCAGAGAAAUCGGACAGAUGGUAGCCGAGUGGCGGGCGGAGGCACGUGAGAAAGUUUCCCGCAUGACAGACACUGAGCGCUUCCAAAUUCUAGCGGAUUUAGGAAUACCCGGCUAUGCAGAGCUCGCCGGUCGUGACGCGCCAUGUGCAGCCGCAGUACAAGGGAGUCAGCCCAGUGAUUCGAUGAAUUCACCGAUCCGGAUAUCGCCAAAGCAAUCCACACACCACCCGCCUUCAUCCACAACCGCACGUAAACGCAAAUCAUCGUUGCUUCUUCGUGGUGCUCGGUUUACAAAGCAAUCUCGCCUCUCCGGUUACUCUCGAUUCCAACGCAAGGCAUCCAAGCGGCGGAGUCUGAAAACAGUGGAACCAGUGAGGCCUUCUCCGGAUGAACAAAAAGCCGCAAGUCAGCUGGUGGAAGAUGAGAAAUACGAUGACGAAGAGGACCUGUAUGCAGACGAGGAGGAGGAGGAGGAAGAUCAAUUGACUGUGAUUGUUCGUCGUCAACGCGAGGUCUUCUCUGCUCGGGUCGCAGCUGGCCGACCGAGUAUCCGAAAUACCAGACCUCCCUCGACAGCGGCCAAUACAACGACAGCUACAACGGAGUACAAAUUGAGCGGUGCUAGUUCGGCCGCACUCGCGCGCGCCAUGCUGUCAAACAAGGUGCUUCGCGAGUGGAAGGCGUUGGCUCGAAAAGUGGUUUGUAAGGUUGCCCGACAGUGGAUUGCAACCAGGCGUGACAAGAUGAGUUUGGCCAAGCGUGCUGCCAGGGAUUGUGCUCGGCUGAUGCGACAACGAGCACUUGUUUCUCAAAAGUCUACCAGGGACGCUGUUUCCCGGGCUCAGCGGUUGGCUCGUGAGAUAUCUGCAAAUUGGCAUAGUUCCAUAGUGUCCGUCUCCAAUGGUAACGGUCCUUUGACGGUCAAUGGCGUGCAGAUGCCCUCCUCUACUCAACUUCUACGCUACGCCGAGCAUUAUUCAAGUAGCAAAACCGAUAACGGAACUGCUAGUGAGACUCCGUUUGUGGAAUCAGCAACAGCCGCUCGUCGGCGAGCCGAGAGAGCGGCUGCUGAACAGGGUCGAGCGGAUUUGGGACUGCUGGACGAGAGAGCGGCUGCUGAACAGCGUCGAGCCGAUUUGGAACUGCUGGAAGCUAGACGACAACAACGAAAGUUGAACUUUUUGAUAACACAGACGGAGCUGUACGCACAUUUUAUGGCCCGAAAACUGGAUCGUACGGCUGUUGCUGCCGCCGCCACUGGAAUGCAAGGGUCGGAAAACAGUGACGUUAAGGCCUCUCGGUCAUCUUCUGUAGACGAACAAGAGGACGACGACGCGCAACAAAUUUUGCAAAGGCUGGAUGAGGCGGAUGAAUACGAACUGGACGAAAACAGUCAACAGUCAGCAGAUGAUGUCCAAGCUGAAAAACAACCACAGUCGACCGAAUCUAGCAAGACGCUCGUUAGCAAUUCGAUUGCGGUGGCUGCACGGGCCGCUGCCCAACGAUUAGGUAUCAGCCCUGAGGAAGAGGAGUACGGUAGGGCCGCUGCCCAACGAUUGGGUAUCAGCCCCGAGGAAGAGGAGUACGGUACGUUCCACCCCCUCUCUGUUGCUGAAAACCAGUCGAGUGACCUUAUGAGUAGUGCAUUGCAAAUGUAUACAUGUAUCGCGAUAUCUCGAGUAUCGUAUCGACUGAAAAAUGAGGCGGUCUGGUGCAGCACAUUCAGUUGCCUGAAAACAUCACAAACGAGAGAUUCAGCUUGGUUCCAGCACCAGAAGCUGCGUUGGUUGGGACAUGUGUUACGUAUGCCGAACCAUCGUUUGCCGAAGAGAGUGCUGUUUUCCGUGCGUAACGCAGAGUGGCGUAAACAGAGAGGUGGCCAACCCAUGACCUGGCAGAGGAGUAUGAAGGAGAUCACGAAACGCUUGGGUGCUGUCGGUGCUACUCGCCUUCCAGGAUGGGGACCGCGUGAUCCUCACUGUGCCUGGUUGGAGACACUACAAGAUAUGGCUGCCAACCGAUGUCAGUGGCGUUCUUGUUGUCAGUUUCUGUCCAGAUUGCCUGAACUUUCAAAUAAGUCAUGGUUGUACGGCAGUGAAGCAUUGGUGUUGAGCACUGAUAGGGGUAUGAAAGAAAUCGCGAAACGUUUGGGUGCUGCGGUACUACUCGCCUUCCAGGAUGGGGACCGCAGGAUCAUCGUUGCGCCUGAUUGGAGACGCUGCAAGAUAUGGCUUUCAACCUAUAGAGCUCAUUUCCAACAGUUACACCCGGCUGCUUGUUCUGACUCAAAAGUUGAUGCGAACGCACCCGAAGUACACGUCGAAGCUCCCAGUCUGUUUCAAGGUAGCCUAAAGGGGUACCAGCUACGAGGUCUGACCUGGCUUUUGGGACUUUUUGAUCAAGGCAUCAAUGGGAUUCUUGCCGACGAAAUGGGCCUUGGCAAAACAAUACAAGCAAUUGCGUUUCUCGGGCAUUUGGCUGAGAAAUACAACAUUUGGGGUCCGUUCCUUGUGGUUGCCCCAGCCUCAACUUUACACAAUUGGACACAAGAGUUUGCCAAAUUCCUUCCCUCUUUUCGCCUCGUUCCUUACUGGGGAAGUCCGGCCGAACGGAAAGUGCUUCGACGAUUUUGGUUCUCAGCUCGACCACAGACCGCACCAACUGAUUUUGACGACAGCCCCGCUCCACUCGCCGACGAGGCCGUACGUGCACUUCCGGGAACCCGAGAUGCUGAGAUGCAUGUUGUAAUUACCAGUUACCAAAUCGUCUUGCAAGACGCUAAGUUCAUCAAUAAAACUCCUUGGGCCUACAUUGUAUUGGAUGAGGCUCAUGCCAUCAAGAGUACGGCCAGUCUUCGAUGGCGUAUCCUGCUUUCUUUCAAAUGUCGCAACCGCCUACUCCUGACCGGGACUCCCAUUCAGAACACCAUGCAAGAGCUCUGGGCCUUGUUGCACUUCAUCAUGCCCACUCUAUUCGAUUCACAUGAUGAAUUUGCCAAUUGGUUCUCUCGCGACAUCGAGUCUCAAGUGACCGCGACGAGUGCCGGCGGCAACGGCAGCGGAGGCGCUAGCAGCACCAUGUCUUUGGCCACAUCUCGCUUCACGGAGAAUCAGCUCUCGCGAUUGCAUUUGAUCUUAAAACCCUUCAUGCUCCGACGCACGAAGGCUGAGGUGGAGCAUGAAAUAUCCACCAAGACAGAAAUCACGCUCAACUGUCCACUGAGUCAACGUCAACAACUGCUGUAUGAGCGCCUUCGUAACAAAAUUCGCUUGGAAGAUCUCAGCACAGUGAUUGGUGCGAACGGUUUUGCCGAGAUCGGACCGAAUUCGACGGCACUCGAAGGCGCGGGUUCAUCGUCCACGGCCCAUCUAAUCAAUCUGGUGAUGCAAUUGCGCAAGGUUUGCAACCAUCCGGAUUUGUGGGAACGUCGAGAAUCACGAUUCUCUUGUAUAACUGGCGCCGUUCAGCCAUCCGAAUCGGAGUUCGCCUCGUGUUUCGGUCCACACGAUGCUGGUGCACCGUCCUGGACAUUUCCACGAUUGCUCUACGACGAAGGCCUCAUCCCAAACCUGAGUUGGUCCCUUCCUGGUGGACCUACGUCCAUCUCGUUGCACCCAGACCAGCCACGCUCAGAUCCACUGGAUUUUACGGUGUCUACUAUUUUUCAUCCAGCUUACGUUCACCAAGAUUUGUGGCACCAUGAUGAUUUAGAGCCAGAUCUUGGUCCCGCUGGCAGCGAUAUUCGGCGCACAGGGGGACACCAACGAACCGAAUCACCGGAUAAAUGUUUUUCCUUCAUCAGACUCAUGGAUCUAUCUCCAUCAGAAUUGUCCACUGCCGUCGUGACCCGCGGCCUAUCGUUGUGGUUGGAUUCACGAUGGCGCUCAACUACCGGGGCGAACGCAUUGGGUCAUACGUCGCUACCAACCAGUUUCGACCGCAGCUCCCGCAUUCAUUCAUUCAUCUACGAUCAGAUGGUACCUUACCUGUCCUUGUGGUACCUAAUAUCCUACUCCCACCUAUUUGUGCCUCGAUACAAGCCAUCCGGAUGGGGUUGCUUCUCGUACUUCGCUGCAGAUGAGCCGGACUUUACCGCACCAUCAAUAGCAACCGAUUUCCUAAAACCCAUGUGUAUCCCCAAGGUGGUUCUUCAACCCACGCAUCUUCACGUUCGAGUACCCUGGUUCUGCGAACGUGAAACUCGGCUGUCCUUCCCGCAAAGAGUUCGGCAAUCAGUUUCCAACACAUUCACGGUUCCUGAUUUUUUCAUCUCCUGCCAGAGAAUGUUCCCCCUAACCGUCAAACCCGUACCCGUGGCCACGAGAGUCUCGGAUUCGGGCAAGCUGGUUACCUUGGAUGCACUGUUGAAUCGGUUGAAGCCAGAAGGUCACCGUGUACUAAUCUAUUCUCAGAUGACAAGAAUGAUUGACAUACUGGAGGACUUUAUGAUCUAUCGAAAACAUGCCUAUCUCCGACUGGACGGUUCAUCGCGUCUGUGCGAUCGCCGUGACAUGGUAGCCCAAUGGCAGUCCAGUUCGCGCUGGUUCGUCUUUCUACUAUCAACACGUGCGGGCGGACUGGGGAUAAAUCUGACCGCAGCGGACACCGUGAUUUUCUAUGACUCCGACUGGAAUCCAACGGUUGAUCAGCAAGCUAUGGAUCGAGCGCACCGUCUGGGACAAACAAAACCGGUAACUGUCUAUCGCUUGGUGUGUCAAAACACUAUCGAGGGACGUAUGAUGCAACGAGCCGAGGAGAAACGUGCCAUGCAACAGAUGGUUAUCCACUCAGGUCAGGAUAACGGAGCCAGGAGCUUGCUGCCAGCCAAACAAAGCACUGAUCAGUUAACCUCUUCUGACAUGGUAUCUCUGUUACUGGACGAUGAUGAACUGGUCAAACGACUACAACUUCGUCGACAGCAACAGGCACAACGGUGUCGUCCCGCGCGAAAUCCAGCCGCGGCGCGGAUACUGGUGGGCAGCAUGGCAUCAACGUCGUCCACGACGAGUUUUCCCACAGCUACUGCCGUUGAGUCGGGUGGUGAUCCGGUCGCACAGAACUCCACUCCCUCCUACAUUCAGGAAAGUCAACUGGAACGCAAGCGUUCCGCCGUCAACCUUGAUCAGGGUCCUCAACUAAAGCCUUUGGCUCAAAAGCCCAACCGCAAGGCAGCUGGGUUCGUCUGGGAAUGCAAGCGCAUUGCCAUUUUUUUUACGGAACACGUCGCCAUACAUGUUCCAACCCUCAACAAGAAGGGCCGGGAGACUGUGUUCGUCAGAGCUCAACCCAUGGUCCAACCUGGUAUGAUACUCUGUGAGUGUCGUGCGGACAUCUCCCAGUAUAGCUCAAUGGGCCGCCGCCACACCACGGUAAGGUCCAGUCUCUUCGUGACGGCUCAGUGGUUAGGGUGCCAACUUACUGACCACAAGGUCCGUGGUUCGGACCCAGCCUCUGCAUCUCCACUAAUUCUAUCUAGGCUUAGGCAACUUAGUAGUAUCCGAACCUUUGUGCUUCCUUCGGGUAGCAUGGCAGCUAGCCACCGAAGGGAUGGUGUCAGCAGGCUGAAGGUCCACUAUUGCCUGGAAACAUCACAAACAACAGAUUCAGCUUGGUUUCAGACACAUUGGUUCCAGCUGUUACCGUUUCGAUCACUGGAAAACGGGAGAGUGGGUAUACGGUCAGGUCUUGGAGGCGAUGAAAUGUUCAGUAAAUACACUAAUUUGCAAAUCAAUUUGGUUUUCGCGAGAGACUCAAAUGAAUCUCUCGUUCAUGAUAAUCUACAACUGAAUGUGCUGCACACAGGCCGCCUCAUGAUUCAGUUGGCACGAUAUUCGAGAUAUCGCAGUAUAUCUUCAUGA